UUACAAACCAAAUAAAAUUUGAAAUACAAUUUUGAUGAAAAUUAUUUUAUUCCGUGUGGAAAUAGAGCAACAUCAUGGCAGCUGGAUCGAUAGCCGUUCCUACUAUUAUGCCUCUUCGAGUACCAAUCCUUGGAGAAUCAAAGAAUGUGAUUGAUUCAAACACUUUGAUCGAACUUAAAUCUGGGACAAUUGGGACGAAGAUCUAUUACACUGUUGACAACACAAGGCCUGAACCAUUCCGAAAGUUGGGUGAAAAUACUACAUUGAUUUACAGAGAACCAUUUAUGCUUAGAAGCGGAAAAAGAACUGUGAAAGCUGUUUCAAUGUUAAAGGACGGUAGAGAAAGCAACAUUGUUACCAAAGUAUUCACCGUAAAAUACGCAGAACCUACUGCUCAUUCCGAUUCUGAUAGCGACCAAACUGACAAUGAUAAAAAUUAUAAAAUAGAAAUGGCAAGAGAAAAUAAGAGAAUGUCAAAAAGACUGACAACUUCAAUUAUUGGUGGUGAACCAUUGACUUUACAACAAGCAUGGAAUGCACCCUCACCCAGAUCACCUAAACAAAAUGGAGCGAAUAAAAGUAUUUUAUCUCACCGAGCAGAUUCGAUAAGAAGAUCUUCGAAUUUCUCAUUGAAUCAGGAAAUCGACACUUUGAGAUGUGUGUAUUGUGAUGCUCCUCGUUCUAAAAGCUCUUUUGCUCGUUUUUGUGGAAAAUGUGGGAAACCAGUCCCUGUUGAAGCUGGUGCACCAACUGUGGAACCUGGAUCUAUGGGAAUGUGUGUGAAGUGUAGAUCUUAUAUUCCACUCAACCAACCGAAUUGCAUUGUCUGUGAAGAACCGAUUGGACCAAAACUCAAACCUGUGUCUAGCAUUCGAUUUGAGGACAAAAUUAUCUGUGGAUCAUGUGGGACUAAAAACCCAUCAUCUUUGACACAUUGUGCCUCGUGUGAGCAUCGAUUUCCUGGACCAAUACACACUGAGGAAACGGCUGCUCCUUUACCUAAAUUGGAUGGUCAGUUGGUCAAAUGUCCAGUGUGCAUGAGAGUCAAUAAUCCUGAUGCCAGAUUCUGUGACUGGUGUGGAUCAAAGCCGAUACCAGAGCAGAAUCCUCUGACAUGCUCAUUAUGCAAGGCGAGUAAUCCUCCAUACUCAAAGUUUUGUGCACACUGCGGAGCAAACUUUGCUCCCCCGAAUCGUAUGGAUCCAAGAAAUAAUGAUCUCGGUGAACAAAUUUGUGACUCCUAUCCCUUCGACAAUCUACCAAUGUGGCAAGCAAUACCGCUACCUUCUGUACCAAGAUCACCUAGAAGCACAAGAAUGCUUCCUGCUCCAAGACCCAACAAACGAGAUGACUACACACAGACAGUCGGUCUCUUUUAUCCCGGUGGAAAAAAAAUUCUACAAGAUCAGGAUGAUUUAGCUCAAAUGAGAUCAGUGGAAUUCAAAAUGAGAGACAAAAACCCUCCGCUGACUGCUAUAAGCCCUGGAAAAGGUUAUUGGAGAAAGCAACUUGAUCAUGUAUGUGGACAUAUCCGAGGUUACACAACAAAUAAUGUCGAAUUUCGAUCUGUGUUCGGAGAACCAAGACUAGGAAAGGUGACUGGAGCUGCUAUUGAUGAAACUGAAGAUGAAAUGACGAUCAGUUUUACCUUCACACUGAAAGGUCAUACUGAAUUUGGAGAAGAUGGAUUGAAAAGUUUACGCAGAGAUAUCUACCAGAAUCUAGAAAAGAAAGUAGCUUUUGGCAGCACUUUCAAUCCCGAGAAAGAGAAUAUUGAAGUAAAAGCCGGUAAGAAGAAAAGUAAAGGAAAGAAGAAGCAUUCAACCAACAAUAAACUGGACAAACUGAGUCCUGAAAAUCGAUUGCUCAUCAAAGAAGUAGGACCGAAAGGUAGUGGUCGUAUUUCAGAAAUGAAAGAAUUAUUAAUGGAAGGUGCUGACACCAAUUGUGCGGACGGUGAUGGUGUGACGGUGCUCAAUCACGCUGUGAUGCAAAAUCGUCUCGCUUGUGUGAAAAGUUUGAUAAAUGCAGGAAGCGAUAUAAACAGAACAUCUGCUGUAACACAGAACACACCCCUUCAUGAAGCUGUAAAAUUAGGACCGAAUGGAAAAGACAUAGUGGAAUUACUGCUAGAAAAUCAUGCAAAAACAAAUAUCAGGAACGCUAAAGGAUUAACAGCAUAUGAUCUUGCAGUGAAGGCAGAUUACAACAGCAUAGUGAUGUUGUUUAACGCUCACAAGGGAAAAAUGAUGGUCAACAAAAUGGUCAAACCAAAAGGUAAACAGGAAAAACUAAACUUGAAGAAGAGAAUUUCGUCUGAUUCCGAUUCUGAAUCAGAUGAAAUUGACAUGUUUUAAUCAACCACACGAUGUGGACCACUCAAUGAUGACAGCGCAAUCGGUCUCAUUAUCAGCAUCGUAAAGUUUAUUGUUUUAUGUUUCUCCAUGUUUCGAAAAUAUUAAUUUGUUUACUAACCCUUUUUAUGAAUCCUUUUACACUGCGUUUCGAGCUCGGCUUUUAACAAUCACAGGCUAUUAUGUUUUGUAGUUGAAACCGAAAUCCAGUUUGGCCAAUUUGCAAAUUUUUCACAUCUUGUGUAAAGUGGAAAUUAUGAAUUUGAGCACUAGAUCUUUAGACUGCUACGUCAAAAUAGUUCGUUCCAAGAGAAUAUUCCAUGGAACAAAAAUGGGUGCUCUAGGAGUGAAUGUACCAAUAUGGAGAUAACUAAUUUUGUGUAAAGAGACCGAAACUUAUGAGCAGGGGGUAUAUAUUACCUUGGCUAACACAGACAGUCCCCGAACUUGCAAUAGAACUAAAAUAAGGAAAAUCAGAAUAAAAUCAUGGCUUGGAUGGUCAAAACCGAAUAUUUCACUAUUCCGAAUACAUUCUGAAAAAAUAUUUUUGAAUAUGGGAUAUCGGAUACAUUCAAAAUUAGGGGCAAUUUUUCAUGUGGAAAAUACAUAAAUCACUAUUUCUUCUUAUUGAUCACAUCUAAAACGGUUACAAAAUAUAAAAAUUAUUGUUGUAUUCUGUGUGUUUGUUAUCUGUUGAGAUAUCGUACAUUUUGAUCUUCUUGUCUAGCGGCUCAAAAUCUCUGAUUUUCAAAUAAAAAUAUUCCAAAUAUUACUUCUAAAUUAAAAAAGUUUUAUAUCGAAUAUAAUGAAAUUUGAAUGAAAUCGAAUAUUCAAUUCGUUUCGGACAUCCCUGAUUUCAUACAUAAAUAAGUUAAUGAUCAGUGAAAUAUUUGACCACAAGAAAAACUGGAUAUCCCCGUCCUGCUCGUUUGAUACACUGAAUAACAUCUAAAUUUACAACAUUGAAAAGAUCUUGGGGAUAAUUUCCUCAGAAGUAUACAAUAUUUACCUUUUUUUCUAUUUUUAAACAUCUCCCAUAUUUGUGUAGAACAUAGUUUAUAUAUAUAUUUAAUAUGAAAAAUAUAUGUGGGUGAAUAAUAUUUCAACAUUUAUCUAUAGAUAAAUAGAUAGUUCAAUUUUGGAAACUCCAAAUUACUCACAAAUUCUAAAUGUAGAAUUCUAUAAACUAAUAUUUAAUGGAGUGAUCUUUCAUGAACUUUAUUGUGAAUUUUCUUCUCCAGUAAAAAUUUGUGUUGAUUUACUUUACUCGAUUUCGUUGAUUUACUUUACUGAUUGAAAAAAAUAAAAUUGACCGAGUAUGACUAAACUCAGUUUUUCUCACAUUUCUCAUCCUUUUGGCUGUGCAUGGUUUACUAUGUCCAGUAGUUGCCGGUCCAUUGUUUGAUUACACAUUGUUCGAACUAUUUUAGUUUUUUUUUUAUAUUCCUGCUAACUAUGUAAAAAUUUAUAUAAUGCAUUUGAAUUAUGGAAAUAUUUCGGUGUUUU